AUGGGAGGAAUAGUGUGGGAAUGCCUUCUGUUAUCGGUUAAAGGCGAACUGUAUCUACCUUUGGGUGCCGCAUUGGCGACGAAUAGGACGAAGUGGAGAAUUGGCCGCGACUUCAAUGAUCUCAAACUGAAGAAAAACAUAAGUCUAGGAAAAGGCGAUCCGUUCGGCGAAUUCAAUUUGGGCUCAACUAUUGUCCUCGUAUUCGAAGCGCCGAAGAAUAUCGAGUUUGACAUUAAAAGCGGACAAAAGAUAAAAUACGGACAACUCAUCAGUCGGUUUGAGAAACAAAUAAACGCAUCAAAAGGAGCUUAGAUUCUGACGUGUUUUACAAUAGAUAUAUAAAUAUUGUUUAGCCAAAUGUUUGCCUUAAUAUUAGUCAACAAAACCCGUGAAUUCUGU